GCACGCCCCACCCCCUGCCCUGGAGCCCCGCCCAGCAGCCUGUUCUGGUCCCGCCUCCUCCCGCAAAAACUAUUUAAGUCCCUGCCGGUUCCGUUUCCAGCAGGACAACGAACCGACCUACAGAGUUCACCAGGCACCGCGACCCCCGCAGCCCAGUCAGCUCCUCUCGGCACUCUUGAACUUGGACCCCAUUCUGCUCCCUUCGGCGCUCUUGAACCUGGACCGGCCACCCAAUCCAGACCUGUCAUCAAACCCGGUCCUGCCGGCCACUCGCACCUGGGCCCACUCCCCGUCGGACAGACGGACCAACGCAGAUACCACCUUCCUCCUCCCGCACCUCCAGGCCCGGGUUCCUCGGAGGGCUCCACAAGGUGUGAUCUGAGGCGCUGACUGCGGACAGAGUGCCCCCGCACCAGCUCUCACCCCCACACCUGCGCCUGCCCUCCCCCCAGCCCCGCCCAUGGCUCGGCUCACCCUGGCUUGCAUCAGCCUGUUCUACCUGCAGCUCCCGGCUACAUUGUCCAGUGGCCUGCCUGGGCCCCCCAGCAGACACAGGGAGCCCUCAGCUCAAAGGCCCUCCAGCCACCUGCAGCUCCGCCACCCUGCACCCCAGCCUGUGGUCUGGAAGCUUCGGAAGAUCCUCCAGUCACAGAGGAGCUUCAUCCCAUCCCCUGCUAUGGGCCACCCUCUCAGGAAUGGCCCCCGUCGGCACUCAGGCCAUCACAGACCCCGAGCCCAGCUGCUGCGGGUGGGCUGUGCACUGGGUACCUGCCAGGUGCAGAACCUCAGUCACCGUCUGUGGCAGCUGUUUGGGUCAGCUGGCCCUCGGGACUCAGUCCCCGUGGACCCCAGCAGUCCCCACAGCUAUGGCUGAGCAGGGACAGGCUCAUGCCUGUCUGUCCCUGCAGCCAGGAUGCUGCACCUCCACUCCAGAGUUGCAACCUAGCCCCCAGCCCUGGCCCUGCCCUCCGGAACUUCUACAGAUGGCAGAAACUUGAACAGUGGUGCAGGACCCUAAGAAGACCCCCACCCAGCCCAGCCCAGCCCAGCCCACCAGAUCCCACAGCAACCAGCCUAGAUCAGCUUUGAACACAUAAACCCAUGCACAUAUUCAGACAGAAGCAUAUCCCAGGGGUCUGCACACCCCAGACAUGUGCUUACCCAUGCAAUGGGGUGCCCAGCAGAGGCGGGCAGAGGCGGGCAGAAGCGGGCAACAGCAGCAGAUAAUGAACAGGGCUUCAGAGGGGAGAGGUCUUCCCAGGGCCAUGGAGCAGAAGCCAGGACUCUGAACAGUGUUGCCUCUUCUGGGCAAGCAGGAGGUGUUGAGAUGGCCUUAUAGAUCUUGAUAUCAAAGGAUUAGAGUCUGGCUUUGGGUGUGUGUAGUUUACCUGGCCUUGCGCACCACCCUCCUCCCCCCCAAAAAAAAAAAAAAAAAAAACGCUGAGAGGGUAGAGGGAGGUGGGCUCCCAGGGGGAGGGAGGACCGCAUGCUGCUUGAGCUGCCACUGUGGAGCCUGGUUACAACAGCAAGCCCUACCUGCAUCUCCUCAAGGACAACUGGGGAGAGGACUGGAGAGUUCACAAGCUGCCCCCACACAUUCUGGGACAGGGUGUAACAGCUCAGGACACCCUUUUCUAAUACCUAGUGCUGGUGGGACCUGGUAGUGGUGGUGGGGAGGGUGUCGUAGCACAGAUAGGCCAAUUAACCAGAACUGCCUCCAUUGCAAGGGGCCUAGGGGUUGCCAAAUUGGAGGAGGGGCGGGUCUCUCAUCCACGUGUAGCUCAGCAUGAAGAGCAGGCCCGGGACAGCUGGAGACUGGAGCAGGCUUGCUCCGAGAGCAGGUUCACCAAGAGUCUGGGGGUGGGUGAACUGGUGGCCAAUGCUAUCAAGACUGAUGGGCACAGCCGGGGCAGAGUACUCAGGGCGGGGCUUGUGCACAUGUGACCACAGUGCCUGCCACGUGAUUGGGACCCAGGUAUUACAAAGGUGGUUUCUGUUAUUUAGUAAACAUGCCUAUAGCACUCAAUUUGUC